ACUCCGUGUGGUAUACAUUAAACUAUUAUAAAUGCAGCAAGCACACUCUUUUUCAAACAACAGAAGUGGACAUAUCCAUCAACGUUAUUUGAGUCGCUCCUUGUAAUUUUGGAUAAUUCCUAUUUCCUUUCAUUUCGGCAAGACCAAACGAGGAAAUACAUCGUUUUUUAAAUACUUUUUCGGUUUGAAAUCUAAAACUGGAUAUCAACUCGUUUUCUCGUUUAUAGUUUCCAAAUUGUGCAUCGAGUAACAGAAACAAAACAAACGAAAAAACGUAGCCCAUUUUUUAUUUUUGUUCAUACCUGGAAGUACACGCCCCCUAAUAUAAUAUUCACGGUGCAUUAAUGGCUGUGUUUAGUAGCUAGCUAGUGGAAGUAAGUUAACCUUAGUCUCUCAACCUGCUACAAAACGAAGUCCCCAGCCCAGAGGUACCUGCUGCAGAAAGCCCCAGUUGUCAAAAUAUGUUGCAAGAAAUUUGAGUGAGAACGUCACGCAGUGCGCACUUGACUGGCUGAAGUGAAAGUGACAUCUUGAGUGGUGUAAGCACAGAGACUGAACAUGUCAGACAUAGAGUACAUGGAUACAUCAACUGCAGAGAUGAACAGAAACCAUGAAGUCUCUGGACCAGAACAGCAACGGCCCCAUGACCUUUCGCAAAUACAGAUUCAUGUGCCCACAGGAACAUCCAGUGGCCCUGUAACAGUGAUACAGUCACAGCCUCAACGGUCUAGUGUUUCUCAAAGUGCUUUUACUUACAAGGCAGAAAUAUCCGAGGACGUGUCUGAAGAAGACGCAUCAGCCCGAGAGACUGCCGAUCGGUUCUCUGAGACUUUUGGAGGAGGGACACCUUCAGCAACCUGUGUUAAUAUCCCAAGCUCUGAUGAUGACCCAGACCUGUAUCAAGCAGAUAAUGACUUUAAGGUGAAGCAUCCCUCAGCACCCCUGUAUGACUCCAGGCACUAUGGCAAUCCUCGGUCAUCCUCUUCCAAAGAGAUGAGUGUGGAUUAUCCUGCUGAAGGAGAUAAUGGCUCUGCUAGAAACAAACAAUCACAGCGAGAUCAACAUUCUCCCAUCAACCCCCAAAGCACUCAGGAUGUGGACCUGAAUCAGGCAAAGGACGAGAGAGAGGAAAAGCAGACUACUUUAGAUGAGGCUACAGUCUAUGUCAGUGUGGAGUGGCCUGGGAAAGCAAUAUUGUCAUGGAAGUCUGUACUUCAAAAAAGUCUCCAGUCGUGGUUGAAUAAUAACGUUAAAGAAACAGAUUGCACCGUGGAAAGGCUGAACGGAAAAUUGGCCGAAGUCAAGAUACAUCCCCCAUCAGUCGUUGAGGACCUUCUGAAGCUGAAGGAAACGCGGGUGACCUUCAAAGACAAGGCCAAGACAUCAGCCACUGUGCGGUUUCACGGGGCUAACCCACCAUCAUUUAAACCCUGGAAUCAAUCAAACAGUAAACCCAGCUCAAUGGAAGACUUGCCUCCAACAUCCAACAUGCCACAGGAUGUCAAACUCCCAAUAACUGUAAGUGCUAACAUUGACAUCGGUGGCUACAAACCUGAAGUACGGGCUGCCCUUCACCGUCAUUACCAAACCGCCGAUCACAAGUUGGCUGUAAAAGGGAGCUUUGAUGAAGUGAACCAGUUCCACAGAGAGUUUACCAAGAUCGUAAGGGAAACCGAGCCAGAAGCGGAUUGGAACGAUAAUGCAGAAGCGGCACAAAGCAUGAGUCACAAUGGAAUGAAGAGCCAUGAAGACCCUGGGCAGAAGGAAAUUAGCUUUCCAGUCCCACUGAUCCACUUUGUGUACUUGAAUCAGGCCUACCGGAAGGAGAUGGAGGACAUAGAGAAAAGAAAUGGAGUCGAAAUCAAUGCAGAAGUGAAGGUGUCCAUCAAAGAGGUCACACAGAAAACAGGCAGAGAUGUUAUGCUGACCAAAGCCCACCAGGAGUUCAGUGACCUCUUCCAGAAGUGUGUAGUUGAUUUGGACAGCAUUUCCACCCAUCUGACACCUGGGGAUCCAGGAGACCUCAUGAAUACGCUGAAAAACAUCCAGAAUGAGGAGACCAGGCUGGUACUAAAUGUGUCUGCCAAUGGCUACGUUGUGUUUGGGCCGGCUCAGAGCAUCAUGGCAGUCAAGAAGGCUCUUGGGGUGAAGACUACAGUAAUGACAUUUGGAAUGGAUCACAGCUCCACAGAGAAAGCAUCUGGAUUUGCUGGAGGACCUGUUUUGAGAUCUCCAAAAACACCACGGAUGAUUGGGAUGGACAUCAAAGAUCCACUUUUGUCACAUGGGCUGGCCAUGGACCAGACUCACUGGGAUCUAAUGAAAUCUGCCUUUCAUGAGAAAAUAACAGCAAUCAAAAAUACAUUUAGAGUGGAUUUCAUGGAGGAAAAGUCUCCAGGCAAAGUAAAAAUUAAAACCAGACCUACAAUAUCACACACUCCACCGGCAGUCUCUCUGGAAAGCCACGCCAUCAGAGCUCUCAUGCACCUCUACCAGAAGGUUGCGACAUCAGCGAUGAGCUGCCACCUGCUGGACCCUACCCAUGCAAAGACUGUGGGGGACAAGCUGGAGGAGAUCCACCCUCGACACCGCUGUGUCUGGGCAGGAGAAAACUAUGGUCCCUGGAGGCUGAUCGGCCUACCGCAACAUUUGGGCCCUGCUGUCAAAGAGCUAGAGAUGAUGCUGAAAAGGCCUAUGUUUAAAGAAGAAGACAAGCACAAGAUUGAGUAUCCUGGCGACAGAUCCAGCACUGGAGCAGCCAUGGGGGGAGCAGUCGGAGAUGGAGGAGCAACAGGAGGGCCUGAAGAUGAUAAUUGCUCCAUAUGCAUGGACAGAUUUAUCAACAAGAGAAAGUUGUCCUGUAGCCAUGAGUUUUGUACAGAAUGUCUGAGGAAGGCAGUGGAAUUCUCAGGCCCCAGAUGUCCUUUGUGUAAGGAUGUGUUUGGAAAGGUGGAGGGAGACCAGCCUGAGGGAACAAUGAAAGUGAAACAUGAAAGUUACCACUGCCUACCUGGAUACCGUGGCUAUGGCAUGAUAGUUAUCAGCUAUGAUAUACCAAGUGGAAAACAGACGAAGAAACAUUCCAACCCUGGAAAAGGGUUCAUUGGGGCCCAUAGAAUAGCUUAUCUCCCUGACAACCAGGAGGGCAACGAAGUGCUGAAGUUACUGGAGAGAGCUUUCAACCAGAAGCUGAUUUUCACAGUUGGGACCUCCAGAACCACUGGGACAGACGACUGUGUGACAUGGAACGACAUUCACCACAAGACCAACAUCGAUGGAGGGGCACAAGGUUUUGGUUAUCCUGACCCUGACUACCUGAGCAGAGUGAAAAGUGAGCUGAAAGCCAAAGGCAUUGAAUGAAGACAGUCCUGAAAAUAGAACAGACUAGUUCAGUUGAGAUUUUAAACUGUUUAGAAUAGAUGCCUUUUAAAGAGUUGAUCCAUAAUAACAGUACACUUUCUAAUCAAACAGGGAGGGGACAUGUAUUCUAUGAAAUCAAGAUGUUUGUUGAUUAAUAUGCCAUAUUUACAAUAUCAUUGUAACCUCAGUGUGGGUUGUUUUGACUAAUGUACUACAAUAAUCUUUUAGAAUAUCUGUGUGUCUGGAACCAUUUUGAUCAAGAUGUAUUUUUUUAAACAAAUGGAAACUUUUGAUUGGUGUACAAGUAGUUCAUAAUAGAUGCUUGAAUGCAGGGUGACAGGUGACAAAAAAUACAUAUUGAAUUAAUAGAACUACGGAACAUAAAAAGCACUGACAGAAUUAUCAAACAAUUAUACAGAAUAGUUUGCCUAAUGACAAACUGAGCUGUUUUCUACAUACUUCAGGCUUAGAAAGGACUGCCAUUGUUUUUUUGCGGUGAAGUCUAAAUGCGGGAUAUUGUACAAAACAAAGUGAUCAGCUUUAGCUCCGCCCGCACGCUGGUGAGUUUAACUUUUUUGCGGAAACUCACAUCCGUGGCACAGCGUUCGGCCGGAGCCAGGCAAUAGAAUAGUAACAUUGAGUGGAAACAACUUCAAUAUAUUAAUUACCAGUUGGUGAGCUCUCAUUAGAUAAAGAUACUUGCUGGAACUGAAAAGCUUGGUUCAGUGCUCACUUAUGAAGGACACGUGUGAUAAACAAGGGUGAGCAUUCGGGUUUAAGUUUGCUUUGAAUUUUGUUUGAUGAUUGGCAAUGGGAAUAAAACACAGUGAUCUCACUUUUGUGUGUUUGAUGAUUGGCAAUGAGAAUAAAACAGUGAUCUCA